AUGAAGAUCCUCGUCAUACUGGCUGGUGUGCUUGUCGGAGCUCAACAAUGCUCAUCAGGGGUCAAAGAUCUAACGAUGACCCCAGGAUCUACUGGUGAGGAUGUGACUCGAGCAACUUAUGGAAAAGUUUGGAGCGAAAUUUCAACUUGGAAUAACAAAUACGAGGAUCGGGAUUUUUUCCUUCGAUAUGCUUACGCUGAAACUAAUUUCGGUAUUGUCCAGCAUCAUCAUGUCCAGCAAAUCUGGUCAAUCGACGAAGCCCAAUUCAACACUACAAAGACAGUUUCACUCAAAAGUACAGUUUCAACCAAAUUCAAUGUCGACUGGGAUCAACUUGAGUACGACGAGAUGACCGUCCCGACAUAUUCCAUGCUAGCGCUCUUUCUUUACUUGGAGCAUCUCAACGAAUUUCCUAUACCCUACUCUAUCGAUGCACAAGCCGUUAUUUACGAGAAUAUCACUCAUCAUACUGUCGACGGGUUCAAGAAUGCGACAGAGGAGCUCGAUCAAAUCACAGAAAAUGAAUGCUUGACAAAAGCGCUCGAUAUAGUUUUCGUCGUCGAUGAGUCGGGAUCAAUUGGAACAGCGAAUUUUCAACUCAUAAGGGAUUUUCUUGAAGACUACGCUAAAGACAGCAAUAUUGCUGACGAUGCCGCUCGUAUCGCCAUUAGACCAUUUUCAAGCUCUAACUAUCUUUACUUUUCAUUGAAUGAUUUCAAAACGAAGAAUAUCAUUUACGAGAUUCAAAACAUGCCCUACAAUGGUGGCGGAACAAACACCGCCGAUGCACUCGAUGCUGCUCUCACAGAUUACGGAUCUGAUCGACCAGAAUCCGUUAAAUUCAUGGUCACUAUUACAGAUGGGGAGAGUAACUCAUUCGCGAUGACAAAAGCAGCCGCAGACAGGGUCAAAUCAGAUCCAAGAAAUAUUCAAUCUUUUGCUAUUGGAGUUGCUGGAGCAGAUGAAACUGAAUUAGAGGCUAUAGCAACUUCUGAAGAGCACGUGAUGUUCCUUGCUGGAUGGGGAGACUUUUCGGCCAUCAAAAAUAAUCUCAUGAGUAAGAUCUGCGAAGGCAAUAUUGAAAAUAACAACGGUGGUGAUACUCAAGUUGGUGGAAGUGCCGGUAAUCCCGGUAAAAUCAUCUUAAAGAUCGGUAUGACCGGAAAAGACAACUAUGACUUCAAAGCAAAUGGUCCACUGACCUUCUUUUAUCAUCGAAGUAAUCCUCAGCCAAGUCCUGCUGCAUAUGAGAAGACAUUCAAUCUUACCUCGCCAAACUUGAACAAAUGGAUAAACCAUCAUGUUGGCUCUGGACACGAGUUCGUCUACCUCUCGGCAUACAAUUACAAUAUAAAUCCGGCAAUCGUGUCUCUACGGAUUAACAGUGGCGGUUCAUCUGGUCCAAUUGAUCCUGAGCCAGUACUCUGUCCCCCAAACUCUCAUUGUGUUGGCGGAACUUGCGAAUGCUUCCCUCAGUAUUCACUUGAUGUCGGAGGAAAUUGCGUUUUCGAUCGAUGCGCCAAUGUCGAUUGCUUCAAUGGUUAUGAAUGCGCUCCUGCUACCGGAACAUGUUUUUGUCCAGAUGGACAUUUGGAACUUAAUGGCAAUUGCUACGCUGCCACGUGCCCAGAUACUGCAGUUCAAGUUCAUGAAAAUGAAUUCGGCUAUGCGAUGGGUGAACUGAGCUCCCCUUGGCGAGAACAUGGCCAUGACUACCCGAGCAACUUCGACUGUACUUACGAGUUUGAAACUGUCCGCGCUGAAGGAAGCUGUUACGAAGUUCUUCUUGAAAAUCCUUUUGGAGUCGAAGCUUCGGCUAAUUGUCGAAAUGAUCGGCUCGAGAUUUAUGAUGUCAUUAAUGCUGAUCAAGUAAAUAUGGAUCACUCUGCAACUCGACCUGCCGGAGCGGCGGUAAUGUGCGGCGACGCGUGCGUUGCGGAAGGCGGAUGGGUUGGAAAAAUCUGCGGAGACAAACUCAAAAUCCGAUUCAAGUCUGAUCACAUUGUAGAAGACAUCGGCUGGCGACUCAAAUGGGUUCUUCGACCUAAGGAAGAGUGUGAUUGUCUCUGUAACCGACCAUAA